GAGCGAGUCGCUGCGCCGAGUAGCGAAGGAACGAACGUUCUCUCUGGGUGCAAGCACAAAGAGACAUCUGAAAUUUCUGCACUCCGGCCGGCGAACGUUUUUCGGGAGGGACGGGGGAAUUAAUGGCGUGCGCACCCCGAAUAAAGUGCCCCUGUGCGGCCGGUGAAAGCGCGGCCGCUCGCUCGCACCCGCUCGUGCCCGCUCGCAGCAACUCGCAGCAACUCGCAGCAACUCGCUAGGUGGUAAAAGACAGCCGGGGAGAUUGCAGAUGAGGAGGAAAUAGAAAUAGCGACCGAGGGGCGGAAACCGGCGGCCAGCCGGGACGUAACCACGUUUAGUAAACACGGGGCACACUCUAACGGGCCACUGCGGGAAGGUGAUGGCGGCGAAGUUUCUUGGCGAGCCUUCAAAAGUAGUUACAGGCAGUUACGACCGUACCCUAAAAAUUUGGGACCUGCGUAGCAAGGCGUGCAUAGAAACAAAAUUUGCAGGCUCCAGUUGCAACGAUCUUGUAACUUCCGACGGUGCAGGCUCGACGAUAAUUAGCGGCCACUUUGAUCAGAGAAUCAGAUUCUGGGACACCAGAGUAGAAUCCAGUUCAAACGAUAUUCUGCUCGAGGGGAAGGUCACGUCGCUGGAUUUAUCGCGUGAUACAAAUUACCUUUUGAGCUGCGUUAGGGACGACACGCUGAAACUUAUUGACCUACGAAUGAAGAAGAUCAUUGGAUCGUUUAGUGCCGAUGGUUUCAAAGUCGGUUUCGAUUGGACACGAGCAACUUUCAGCCCUGAUGGUCAAUAUAUUUCUGUCGGCUCUUCGGACGGAUCCGUUUUCAUUUGGUCCGUCGUUACAAAUAUGAUCGAGACCGUGUUGAAAAAUCAUUCGGCGGUGGUGACAGCAGUGUCCUGGCAUCCUCAAGGCACCUAUCUGGCAUCGGUGGACCGAGCAAAAACGGUGACGGUGUGGGGCGAUCAUGUUUGAUAGGACCAGUGAUCCCGAAACGGACGAUUGUUUCACGCACGGAGGUCAACGCGUUCUUUUGUGCCGGGGUGGACGUUUACCGAACCGAGUAAAAUAAAAUAGAAGCACGAGCACGUGCGGUGGUCCGCGUGGUAUCGGAGCCACAAAGGACAUACAGCGUCGCAGGAUAAUGAAAAUCAGCGAGUUCGGGGUGUGCCAGUUCGCGAAAGACACCGUUUCGAGGAUUUCAAACAACAGUGGGUUCUGUUGUACGUAAAACUGCACAGAUUGUUACCUCCCCCCUCGAACGCUGUCAAGAUUUCUUUCCACCCCUGCCACGGGGAAUUCGACAACAACCUGUUGUAGUUACUCUUUUAUUUCUAUUUUUUUUCGUUCAUCUUUUUUUGAGAUUCACUGGACACGUUUGUUCUACUUGUAAGAGACUGUUCGCCGUGUUUCAAUCGUCUGUACCGGGAGACUCGAUCGUCCCUGUUGCUGGAAAAACACGAAACGUUUUCGGUCCGCCAUUUUGUUGGGUUUCGUCAAAUGCACCCGUUUCUCUUUUACAUAUUCCUGUCAAUCCUCGCGUACCGUUCGAACGGCCGUUGCAGUUCUAGUCUCGGCGUUAAACUGACUCUCGAGUCGAAAUCAAACGCAACGGGGCAUUCCGUGUCCGAACUUCGCGCAGAAGUCCACGAUCGCGGAUAUCUGAGAAAACGUUGGUUAACUUUUCGGAUGCGGGCGAAGUUUGAAUAAACGUUUCCACUUAUUCUUUGUCUGGAAAUCGUGGAACGUGGGUGAGAAUUGUUGAAUUUCAAGGCAGCGUCUAAAAUACUUGCAACGUUAUUAAUCGACUAGGAAUCGUAAAUUAGAUCGAAUUUGAACGUUGCUGGUCCAAAUUGAACCGCGCUCUCCCGUACAGCUGGGAAUUCGCUUCGAUAUACUCCUUAAAGCUGCUACUAAAAUUUGGUCGAUCUCCCACAGCUCGUUUCCAUGAAAUUUUCUCUUAAAGAAUUACGGAAACACUGUGAUUUUCAUUUGUAAUGGGCCAGAUGUGGAAACUAAAAAUAACGUGUUUUGUGCAAAAGUUUGUAGAAUUUCAUGCUGCGAACUUAGAGUGCUCGGAUACGGGAUGCUCUAACGUACGGGAAGCAUUACUAGGUUGUAAUACAUGCAACUUGUUAAUACUAGACUAAUUCUUAUAUUUGUACGAUGAAAAGCAUAGAUAAAAAUUAAGGUUUCAGGAUCGAACGAAUCCGAUCAGUGCAAGAGGGAUCAAACGCAUUUGUACUCGUUGUUCGAAGUUAUUCUUCCUCUACAGUUCGGUUGUACGUUCGCAACGGAUGACAGGCCGCGCACAAUAUUUCUCCGGAUUUUCCUCGUAGACCGAGUCCCGAGGCCGCUAUUUGCUUUCGAAAAUGAUCAUAUGUAGCAACCGCGAUGUCGAGUCUACUCGCUCGCCGUAAGUCUGAUAUGCAUAGGAAGCGGAUGUACCUAAUCGUUAAGCGACGAACCACAAUAAACAUAAUAGCGAUACCAAGUGAAUUGCGUUGUAACGAGAUUUCUUAGGUUUAGCGUACCGAUAUCGAGCGACGUGCCGCAUUGUGCCGAACGUUGUAUUCGCUGCACGGUGACGUACACAACAAUCGGUCGCUCAGUAUGGACUGUUUCAUGUUAAGCAAUCAUCAGUGUUCGUCACACUGCCAGUGUUUGUUAACAACACCGAGCGAACCGGUUCCUACAAAGUUUCGAGCUCCUCCCUACAAUUUACCAUUCGAGGAAACCUGGAUGAAAAUACCCUUUCAAAGAAAUCAAAUUCGUAAAUGCCCGUUAAAAAUGUGAAUCAGACUGAACGGUUCCAAUAAAACUGUUUGUCCUAUCUGCGUUACAUGUCGAAGCACUGGAGGAAGUCUCCACGCGUCCUUGCUCCCUCUCAAACGCGACUGCAGUUCAAGGGAAUUUGACUUUCCCUCGUACUUUCUUUCAGUUUCAUCAAGAGUCAUAAACUCGAUACUCGGCACAGUUAGCCGGAUGAACGGUGCAAACAAUCGGAGCACUCGGACAAGCGCAAAAACACACGUUCAACUUUCUUUCAAGAUCCACGGAGCUCUCGCUGCUUCGAUUUCAAUCGCGACUCCGUUACAUUGCGAAAUUAAUUUUUUCUUAUUGCAAUGUUGAGCAUCGGGCGACUCGAAAUUAUUCAAAGACUUUAGCAGGAUACAAUGGAUGGAAAGUUGGUGACAUGUAUUUAUAGAACAUGCCAAAAAUUCAAACGUCUCGAAGAAUAGCAGAAAAUGUAUUCGAUCACUUUUCGAAGCUCCUGUGAGCACAAAAUUUUAGGCAUUCGUGAAUAUGUUUAACACUGACCCUACCAUUGCCGAUCAGAUGACCGAUUUCUGAUGCAUUUUAUUUCAUAAUUAUUGAAGUCAUAGAGCUGUUUCCAUUAAAAAUAGUUGAAUAUAUUUUUCUCUACUCAGGCAUACUAUUAUAAAACAACUGUUACAACUAUUAUAGAAAUUGUGAAAUAUUUGAAUAAAUUCUAUCUUGUAAUUUUUACGAAGCAAUUUUUGUCAGUCGCUUGAACGCGUAAAAUCCGUAGUUCGAUCCCUAAUCCUGCGAUCAGCAUCACCAUAGUAAAAAGUUACGAAAUUACGCUCUGACAAACAAACAGAAUAUUUACCAGCAGAAGAUUUUGUCCAGUUUUCCCGUUCGUUUUCGAGAAUCGAAUCUCCGGAUCCUUGUUAUGAGAUUGAAACUUUGUACGCAUCGUUUCCCCGUGUUCAUCGUCGUAUUCGAACGAUGGUAUGUACACUGUGUUCCGCGGCUUACGUUGAACAUUGUAAUAGAAUACUCUUUCUUGAACCGUACCUUUUUGCGUAACGAAAGUAUUUCCGCUUAACUAGCUUACGUAUCUCGACCUGAAACAGUUCGCCACCACCGUACAGCACAAUAAUAACGAGCGACUGUUAAUCUCUCGGCGUCUAGAGAUAAGACCGAAGGGUUCUAAAACGUAAUAACACGUACGUGGAUUCGUGGCAGCGCGAUUGCCAAUGAAGAAACAAAAAGAAAAUAAUAGAGCAAACGCGAAAUGCCAAUUUAUAUAGCUUUUCAUAUUUUUGAUACGUACUUUUGUUAAUUUGGAUACUUUGCACGCAUUCACGAUACUGGUAUUAAUACGUAUAGUGCAUUGUGACUGUCGACGACGGAUUUCCCUCGGUUUUGGUCGAUUCGCUUUGCUCGCGUACGAGCAAACUGUCGAACUUUCGUUCCGCGAAGUUCGUUGAUCGUUCACUGGAAACUAUAUGGAGAAGGAAGUAAUCCGUUGAUGUGUAAUUCUCAGUUCUAAUCUGCAUGUGGUAAUGGUGUACUUGUGUACAGAAUCGUCGUAAUUAACAUUUGUUUAUCGUAGAGAGAAACGAUAACGCCGCAAAGAAUGAUAUUGUUAAUGUAUAAGUCUUUUGUAAAGUUGUACGCGUUGCACUCGAAGACAGGAUUUAAAUCGAUACAGUUUCAAAUCGACGCGAAUCUCAUCGGUUCUCGUCGGUGACCAUUCGCUAGCGACAAUUUUUUCUACGGCGUGUCUAACGUUUCCAUGAACUAGUAUCGACGCGAUCUCAGGAAAUGAUGCAACCGUACAAUUUCUAGUAAUAUUCGUUGGGUUUACUUUUAUUUCGUUGGUGUACGUCGUCGUUCUCCGCGCAAGAAACCAAUAAGAUUAUUGUUUGCGCCCGGUUUACGUAAUUACUUUGCCAUUGUGCACGUGGCACAAUUAUAAUCUUGCAUUCUUAUUGUAUCCUUAAUAUUCAUUUCAGCAGAAACGUUGUAUACACUGUUCGCACAUGUAAAUAUGUAUUAAACGUUUCCUUCUUGUAUUUUUUAAA